AUGGAUGCCUUGCACUAUGAUCCGAUGGCUAUGGAUGGGGAGCCGGAACAGCCCCAGGUCAAGAUCUCAGCGGCCGAUAGCACGCGCGUGGACUUUGAGCUUUCAAGAACGAACCUGCCCUUCGCCAACGCCCUGCGGCGAAUCAUCCAGGCCGAAGUACCGACAAUCGCUGUCGACCUGGUAGAAAUCGAGGUCAACAGCUCUGUCCUGGCUGACGAAUUCAUCGCACAUCGACUGGGCCUUAUCCCCCUCGACUCAAAGGGCGUCAACGAGCUCAACUACUCCCGUGACUGCGACUGCGAACAGUACUGUGAGCACUGCUCCGUCAGCCUGACGCUUCACGCAAAAUGCACCAGCGACGAGAUCAUGAAGGUCUAUGCGCGAGACUUGGUUGUGGAUGGACGACAUGCGGGCUCUGUCGGAAACCCCAUCAUCACGGAUCCGGAGGGCCUGGGGUGUUUGAUUGCUAAGCUGCGGAAGGGUCAAGAGCUGAAGAUUACGUGCAUUGCGAAGAAGGGAAUUGCAAAGGAGCAUGCGAAGUGGAUGCCUACGUCGGCGGUUGGCUUUGAAUACGAUCCUCACAACAAGCUGCACCAUCUUGAUAUGUGGUUUGAAAAUAACACUGAUCCAGAGAAGGAAUGGCCAAAGAGCAAAUAUGCUCAGUGGGAGGAACCCCUCCAAGAGGGCGAGCCCUUCAACUUCGACGCUGUGCCGAAUCGAUUCUACUUUGAGGUCGAAGCGUCGGGAACCAUGGAGCCGGAUUUGAUCAUCCAGGGGGGGAUUCGAGUUUUGCAGCAGAAGAUUGGCGGGCUAUUAAAGGGUCUCGACCCAAGAAAGUACGGCGGCGACGAUGCCGACAUGGACGGCCCUCGGAGCCCGGAUAUGAACAUGGACGGCGGUACUACACCAUGGGGGCAGGAUGGCGGAUACACAACUCCCUACGGAAACAACACGGCGUACGGAGGUGGUAAUACGGCAUACGGAGGAGGCACUUCAUAUGGGGGCAGCGCAACUGCCUACGGAAGCGGUACGGCAUACGGCGGCAGCUCGACAGCAUAUGGCGGCUCGGCGGCCGGGUCGGGUAGCGGCGGAUACGGCUCAGGACCUUAUAGCCAAGGCAGCUCUUGGCAGUAA